AUGUCCGAGUCUCCUGCGCCACAACGGCCGGCCGAGUCCAGUCUCGGAGUCCCCGGCUCCUCCCGCUCGUCGGCUCCGAAUUCCAACCUCGACAACCAGGACAACGACAAACUCCAAAUCCGCGUCGUGCCUUACAGUCCUCCCCGCAUCAGCUCUGGGGCCACCACACCCCAUGGUCGCGACGGUCAGGGGUCGCGAACCCAGCAUGGCGGCGUUUCAUCUUGCCCAAGUCCCUCAGGCUCUACCCCAACUGAAGUCAAUUCCGCCGACAACUCCAGCGGAGCCUCGUCUCUGCGCUCCCUGUCUCCGCGACCGAAAAAGAGGACCAUCAGCAUCAAUUCGGACAAGACCUUUUCCCUGGUCCCUCAUUCUGAAUCCUCCUUAUCCUCCCGCGUAGGCUCCUUUGGCUCGCCUCAAUUCUCCUUGACUACUCCUAGCAGCGCCUGGGGUCGUGUCUCUUCCAGUGUCUUCUUUCUGGACAAUCAAUCAACCACUUCUUUUGCCGCACCUCUGCCAACUCGCCGUUACUCGUCUGGCUCAGCCGCCUCCUCUCCGCCUGUGGGCCUUGGUUGUAGUCCCAUUCCUGCUACUGCCCCUUGGGGCAAUCGCAUACAGAGUGGCACUAGCGCCCACAAGGUCGAAACAUCUCCAGACACCAAGGGGAAGCAGCCCGUGGCAGCAGCCUUCAUGUCAUCCCCUAUCUCAGAAGCAGAGGACUCCCUGCCUCCUUUGCCUGAGAACACCGAGUCCGGAGCCUCAUUCAUCACGCCUGAACUUUCCAGCCAAGCCUCUUUCCAGUCGAACUCUACCCUCUCGGACCGAACAAACUACAAAAUCUACGGCGAGAGCUCUCCCGUUACCCCCGGUGGCCGUCAAAUGGUGUCAGAGGAGGCCAAUGACAGCCUGUCACCGUCUCCCGAGAACCCCAACUACCAGAUCAUCGGCGUGUCGUCCCCAGCAACCGGGCCCGUCAAUGACGAGUCACGCCCCCCUACCGGCUACAGCGAUGCUAACUACGUCGUUUACGGCCACUCUUCCGCCUCUUCCUCCUCUCCCACCUCCAGCGACAAGGGCAACCUGAGGCCCGAGUUCUCCCGCGAGAGCCUCGUCGUCGCACCCCUGCGUCCCGCCAAGCAGAGGUCCUUCCACCGCUCGCGCAUUUCUAAGUCUCGUUCGCGCGAGUCCGUUCGUCACGGCUCCCUCUCGUCGCUGGGCACCGCCCUGUCGCAAGAGGUAACGAGAGCCCUGUUCGUCUCGUCGGCCACGCCAUCCUCUGUGCAUGCAAGUGCGAGCCCGGAAAUCAGCUGGCAGGACCCUUGGAAGGCCUCCCCUGGCCCCGAGUUCAAAACGGGCACCAUUGCCCCAGCCAUGUCCUCCCACCAGCACCAGUGGAGCCGGCCGCUGUCAACCGUCAUGUCCGAGAGUGAAGGAGGCAGCGAAUCGGGCUCCCGCGCACUCUCGCAGUUCUCGAUCACCGACCGGCGGAGCAGCGGCUUCCACAGCAUGAACAGCCUUAACCUCCUGAGAAAUGCCUCCCCCGAACGGCCAACCCCGACCUACAACCGCAAGGAUCCCUCUGCACCGCGCCCGGUCCGGGACUACGACGAAGACGGCGAUGGCCUGGCGGAUCUCGAGCACCUUCACCCGUCCUGGGCUCGCUUACCCAACUCGGGUUCUAGUAGUUCCCUGGAACGCGGCCCCCGAUCCUCGGGCAGCACCCGCAGCAUCAACCCUUUCACCCUUCCCGCCUGGGCAAGGCUGUAUUACGGCAGUGGAGAGCAGCGCUUUAUCAUCGCUCAGGCGUCCACAGACUCCAUACGCUCCAUGUACAACGGCUCUAUGUACAACGACCCCCUUCACAACGAGAUGCUCAGCCGCCCACCGCCCACCAGUCGCGGUCCCCACAGCCGCGUCCCCAGCGCCGAUAACACCUCCUCGCCCAUCCGCAACCCCCGACGGCGCCCCCUUCCUCAGACGGAGCAGCCCCAAAUAAACCAUGCGCCCUCUAACGUCGAGUCUUCACGUCCUCCUACUGUAUCUGCCUCGACCCACCCUAACAGCGGCGUCCAUGGCGCAGUUGACAGGGUCAGGAGGAAGACGUCCAGUAUUUGGUCACCCCAUCUGCGCCGCGACCGCCGCUCCAGUGGCUACAGCAUAUGGGAUCCUCCUUCAGUUGUUUGGUCUGCUGAGGGUGGUUUCCACUGGCGAAGCCACCCGCAACUCGUGCUCUUUGUUCUGGGCUUCCUCAUCCCUUUUGCCUGGAUGGCUGCCGCCUUGCUUCCGCUGCCUCCUAAGCCCCAUCGGCACGAAAUGACGGAAGAUCCCCGCACAGAGUUACAGCACGACCCAUCUCAGUCGCUCAUGACAAUAGAAGAAGUACAUUACAACAGCACCAGACGAUGGCGGAACUUAAAUCGCGGAAUGUCCGUUGUUGGCCUCCUCAUUAUUGGUGCCGUCGUUGCCCUUGCCAUCGUGGGCGUCAAUCAGUCAUGGGGCGCAUAA